AGCAGGUGUUCUUUUCUGCUCAGCAGAUGCUAAAGCGAUAAGCUGCAGCUUUUAGAGCCUUCUGGGAGGUUCAGACAGCCUGGGCUGAGCAACCCGGGUCUCGUCCAGCUCUCUCCUCUCCAGCCCGCUCCAGUUAUGGACGUGUGUCUGAGCUCCGAGCAGCAGCCCGGGCACCUGGGCAAAGGACCGAGCACCCCAGACGGCUGGUUAGAGGCGGAGGAGGAGGGGGAUCUCCACAAAGAUGGCACCAGCAGACCUCCAGGAGAUUCUAACAAGAUAGAACCAUCUCUUCAGAGUCUCCAGAAAUUUGUUCCUACAGAUUAUGCCAGCUACACUCAGGAGCACUAUCUGUUUGCAGGCAAGAAGAUUGUCAUUCAAGAGUCGAUAGAGAGUUACGGAACGGUGGUGUGGCCAGGGGCUAUGGCUCUGUGUCAGUAUUUGGAGGAACAUACAGAGGAACUGAAUCUCCAAGAUGCUAAGAUUCUUGAAAUUGGUGCUGGACCAGGCCUUGUUUCCAUUGUGGCCAGUGUUUUAGGGGGUCAAGUCACAGCAACGGAUUUGCCUGAUGUCCUAGGAAACCUUCAAUACAAUCUUUUAAAGAACACACUAAAAUGUACAGCACAUCUGCCUGAAGUGAAAGAACUGGUGUGGGGAGAAGACCUGGAACAAAACUUCCCCAAGUCAACUUGCUAUUACGAUUACGUUCUGGCCUCGGAUGUGGUCUACCACCAUUACUUCUUGGACAAGCUGCUCGCCACCAUGGUGUACCUCUGUCAGCCAGGCACGGUGUUGCUUUGGGCAAACAAGUUCAGAUUCAGCACUGAUUACGAGUUUUUAGAUAAAUUCAAGCAAGUUUUUGAUACAAAACUCUUGGCUGAAUUUCCAGAGUCAUCCGUGAAACUUUUCAAGGCAGUACUAAGAUGGGACUAAAUGAAACAAAAUGCCUUUCAAAACAUUAGUGUGUCUUUUGAGCAGUGUUAGAAAUUGCAUUGUCAAUAAAAGGCUUAUAAGAUUGAGAACGCAGUGCAUAAAAAUAACUUGUAUACCUAGAAUAGACAUAACUUCAUAUUGCAGCAGCUUUCUAA